AUGCUUGACCGUUUCUCCUCCGAUUCAUCUCGCUACAGCGCUCUGGUCGGUGCUUUUAGAGCUUAUGCCACACCAGUUAUUGCGAUUCUCGGAUUAAUAGGAAAUAGCCUAAUUAUCAGCAUUUUUUGGAACGAAAAUCCCUCCCGCACACGUUUUUCCAUCUUCGCCACCAGUUUAGCCGUGGUUCAUAAUGUAUCCCUUCUCCUCAAUACCAUUCUUGAUGAUUUUCUUGGAAGGGGUCUCGACUAUGCUACCAACGUUCUUGUGUUGAAUGGAAUAAUCAUUUUGCGAUUAUGGAGAGCUCAAAGAUGGCGCAAAGCUGUGUCAAGAAGAUGGGGAGGAGUUCAGGAGCUUGGACGCAUUGCAGGCCACUUGGUUAUGAGCAGUUGUUUUCUCCUUCUUUACCUCCCACUUGGUAUAAUUGUGCUAAUGCGACUACACAUUACCGUAACACUAGGGGAGGUCUAUACUCCUCGAGGAAUUCAAAUUGUCAAUUUGAGCAAAUUUUUUUCUUCACUAAAAGACGUCGCUUAUGCUGUGAAUUGUCUAAUAUAUGCUACGUUUCUACCAAAAUUUCGAACCAAACUAAUGCAUCGAUUGCACAUUAAAUAA